AUGCAGAUCACAAGUUACGAAGAUUUAACCCCACACAACAUUAUCUUUAAUGGAGCCAAAGAGUACAAAGUAAAGGAUAGCAAAAUUAAAUACAAACGUAUACCAAUUGAAGUUAAAUACCCAAAUGGAAAGAAAGGACCACUUGUUAUUGAGUCACCAUUUCUUUUUUCUUUUGGAGUAAAUGAAAAGAAAUCUCAAGAAACAAAAAGGUUAGUUGGUUAUAGUCUUCCAGUUUGUCGAAGGAGUAAAGAUAGCGAACCAAAUGCAGAAGAGCAAUUAUUUUUUGAAGCCUUAAACAAUAUUAUGGGAAUGUGUACACUUCAUCUAGAAAGUGAAUAUGGAGCAGAUUUAGCAUCAUCUUUGUCUUCACUAUUUUAUUUCAAACAAGAAGAGUAUGUAGAUAAGAAAGGAAAAAAGAAAAUAAGGAAAGAUCUCUUAGCUGCUCCAGUGCUUUAUGCAAAACUUAUUUACUCAGAAAAAUCAAAUAAGAUUCUUUCUCUGUUUAAGACAAAGGGAAAGAAGGAUUUAAAUCCUUUUAAAUAUCUUGAUCAGUACUGCAAUGUUAAAAUGGCAUUGAUAAUUGAAGGAAUCUUUAUAAGUAAAACUGUUACAUCUUUACAAAUAAAAGUUCACGAGUGUUUUAUUAAACCAUUAAAACCUAGAGAGUCUUUACUAACAAUUGAAGAGGAAAAUGAAGAGAGUGAGAGUGAGAGUGAGGGUGAU